GUUUGAACAGUUUUCCAACUAUGUCCAGUAGGUCGGGCUCGCAAAGCUACUCGUCGGGUGGUUUCUGUCCGCCUCGCUGCUGCAGAUGUUCUGCGUCCCAUCCCGCAUCCUGCGAAGGCCCGUGACAUCCUUUGGAUUUAACUGUAGGCAGGAUAGUGUUCCUAUACUUGGACACGCUUUCCGAGGCUUUUCCGUCUACUUCGAGCAACAGCUCACCUUGCUGAGUUCUCCGAAUCUUGCGUACGUGUCUUCCCAGUUUGCUUAGGCUCGGGUCCGAUCUUAGUUUCCGGAGAAUCUCUGCGCACGAAGCCUCACCCGUUCUGGAGAGCCGUGGUCAGGUCCCGAUCCAUGAUCCCGACUCCUGCCCUUUGCGAUGACAGGACAAUGUGGUCCAUCGUCUUCUGGCUUAAAAAGCAUCGAGUUUGCGAGGCGUGGAGACGCAUUUCUUAUCAACACCUCAGAUCGAGUUAUUCGUGUUUACGACUCAAAAGAAAUAAUCACUCUAGGCAAAGACGGCGAACCAGAACCCAUACAAAAGCUACAGGACUUGGUCAAUAAAACCACCUGGAAAAAGUGCUGCUUCUCCGGUGAUAUGGGAAAAGUCUAUUGGCAACCUGGUGAAGAUCCUGCAUGGCACCAAGGGUGAGCUGCAGAAAACGCAUCCCAUCAUUUCUAGCAAGGCCAGCAAAGAUAAACA